GCAACAUCAUCUCUACAAUUCACACCUUACGUACCGCGCUACAACGGUCACUGCCAUAUACAUCUCCGCUCCCAACCCGUAAACCAUCUCCAUCUUCUAGACCGAAAAUGCCACCCGUACGCACCUCCCGCGGCUCCAAAAAGCCCCCGCCCGACGGCUUCGAAGACAUCGAAGACACGCUCCUCGAAUUCCAGAACAAGAUGAAGGACGCCGAGAACGCCUCGCACGAGGGCAAGAAGAAGUACGAGAUGACCUGGCCAGUGUUCCAAAUCACGCAUCAGCGGAGCCGCUACAUCUACGACUUGUACUACGAGAAGGAGGCCAUCAGCAAGCAGUUGUACGACUGGCUGUUGAAGAAUGGGUAUGCGGAUGCCAUGUUGAUUGCCAAGUGGAAGAAGCAGGGGUAUGAGAAGCUCUGCUGCUUGAGGUGUAUUCAGACGAAGGAGACGAACUUUAGGUCGACGUGUAUUUGUCGGGUGCCGAGGGAGCAGAUGAAAGAGGAUCAGGAUAUACAGUGUGUCAACUGUGGUUGUCGAGGAUGCGCUUCGGGAGACUGAGCCUGCGAGAAGAAGAGACGGUACACACUGCAGUGGCCGUACUUCGCUUUCAUUUGCGGAAUGGGUGGACUCAUCUAGCAGACGCCCCAGUUAGUAACGGCCAACACCUGACU